AUGGUCGGAGAAUAUUCGUACUGCCCUGUGGAGGCAAAGCAUUAUUUAAAAAACAAGGUCAGCCACUGUUGCUGGUCACCAAGGACAGAUCUGAUUGCUUUGGGAUCGCUUAAUGGCCGAGUUUCAGUGCACAGGUACAAGUUGGCAUGCAUUUGGGAAUUAUCGCCCCCGCAUCAGAAUUCUGUCGUUAAUUGUGUUGUCUGGCGACCGGAUGGCAAAUGUCUGGCCGUUGCAUAUGACUCCGGCCAUGUCCGGUUGAUUUUGGCCAAUGAUGGUUUCGUCUACAAAGAGUUCGAGUAUGCUACAUCGAUAACCUAUUUGAACUGGACUGCUGGGCUGCUGACGAAACAGGACGGAAAGGGAUCCAACGCUCAUAUCUAUUUUCCAGACCUCAGUUCCCUAACUAUGUUCCAGUCGGAUGUCAAUUUCAAUACCAGUGAUACUUUCAAACUUUCACAACUUUUGGCAGAUUCGGAAGAGCAUUUUUUCAUCCUCACAGUCUAUUGUGCCGGUGUAUUGAACUUUUACGGAUCAGACUCUUUCCUAAUUGCUCGGUGGGCUUGCAAGCCAAAUCUGCUUUCCACCGAACUCCAAUUUAAGUUUCUAGGCUGUCAGUUUUCUGCUUGCCUGAAAUAUCUCCUCAUCCUGUACAGUUGGACGGAAGACACGACUGGGCGGUCUUUUAUGGAGCUGCAGUGGGUUCCAACCACUGGGUUAGUGACUUUUGGCACCCAGUUACGAAAUCUUUCAAUGCAUCAUUCUCUCAUCCGAAUAUCCAAAACGUUGCUGGAUAAAGGCUUCGAUCAGAUCUGCACCUCGUGGGAAGAUAUGAUCUUAGAAAUGGACGUCAAGUUUACAAACUAUGCCAAAGAACGACUGUCUCGCAACAAGAGUUAUCGAGAAGAGUAUCACUCACUUACGCGCAUUCUUCAAAUGGCUCUAUGUUGGAGAUUGCAACUGUACAAACAUACCCUCUUGUCAUCUAGCAUCCCGUCACAAAGUGUUCUUGUCCAUCUCACAGCUGGUCUGUUCCACUACUGUCCGAAGGCAACACUGGCAGAUCUGAUCAUGCACACGUUGGAAGAUGACAUUACAGCCCUGUUCGGUCCUCCAGUGGCAGGCGAUUUUGAUCGUGCCUGCUUCGGAUUCGCGGAGUCAGUCUCUCAGUUGCUCUGCUGUGAACAAGCCUACGAAAUUCAAGAUCUCGAAUUCUUCACGCCAGAACUCCUCACCCUUCUUUUACGCCAGACUGCGAGAGCUUCCAGUUCUGGAACUACCGAAGAACCGAGCAGUACCAGUCACAUAGUCAUGGUUCCUGUCCAACUACUUCUUGCUGCGUGCGACGAAGAUAUCUCAUCUACUCCAGUAUCCACCGCUUGCGAACCUCUGUGGUCAUCUAGUAAUUGUCACUUACCUACUAAACGGCUAUCAGAAUUGAUCACUUCGGCGCACGUCGAAUCGCUCCCUUGUACGGCCACCAAGCUGGCCACAAAUGGCGGACGCUCAAUUUUGUUUGUGCUCUUUGAAGGUUCCUGUAUGUGUCGAGUCUAUUUGCUCGAUUGUCCGGAAACAGAUGGCUCCGUAGUGCGUGACGAUGGGGAAGAUGGAGUCGGUGAUGCAGUAAUGGAAGCUGGUGAUUCAGAUGUUGUAGAGAAUGUUACGUAGACAUCAACAACACUCCUGUAUAUUCCAUACAUUCACAGAUAAACUAUGUUUACAUUUUUCGUUUUGGAUUUUGCUGCCUUUGGCUUUGUAUUUUGAUCAACUGCGGACCAGCAACGAUUACUAACAGGGUUAAAGUAGGUGGAUCAAGGGCGACGCUGAACUGAGGGCUGAAAGUGGGCGGCUUGGUUACAAAAGUGAACGUUGUUUGAACGACCAUGUCUUGAGAUCUGUAUACGUAGGAUAAUCCCGUAAAUUUGGUUCACAUUAACACAUUUGAGAGUGCAAAUAUUGCGGUUAUCAUCCUGCUAUCAUGUAUCACCGUAGUCAACAUGCGGAAUUUCAACAUCAUUUAUGCUACCUAUCGCAUGCUACAAGAGCAGAUGGAAAGCCAGAUAUCGAAUGCAGUGCAAACAUACAAACCAACGUUGUAAUUUAAUCGCCAUCAUCAGCUCUACGAGU